AUGAACAAUAUUCAUGAUGGUGGUGAUAGUAUUGAUGUCAAUUCAAAUCAUGUACAAAAAUGUGUUGAGUUACAACCGAAUGAUCGUGGCUACUUCUAUGAUAACUAUCCCGUGGAACUGAUGGGAUUGAUCGAUCCACAGGAGUUCAGUGGUAUAAUCACGCGAUUCAAUAGUUUGGCGGCGAGCUGGCGAAAUCGUCUGCCACUCAUUGGUGUGGCAUGUGCAAUGCUAGCAACGAUCGUUCUGCUCGGUGUGUUUGGUAGUAAGCGAUCGUUGAUCGGUAUCGUAGUGACAGCGAUCAUCAUCGUUGCACUCUGUAUCAUUCUCUACCUACAGCAGUCAAUUUACAGAGAUCUCAAGAAAUCGAAAAUGAAUAGCGCAAUCGAAGAAGCAAACAAAUACUUUGAAGAUCGUCAGAUUACAUUCUCGCUACAACACAGACAUAGUUCGAAUCGUUACGAUUGGUACAUCAAGCUUCAAACCAAUCAAGAGAAAUCGACAACAUCUUCAUCAUUAAGAUCUUCAAAUUUAAAGAAUAACAACAAUUUCAAUAGUAAUCAUAAUGGUAAUACAAUAAUAGAUAUAAAUAAUAAGAUAAAUGAUGAUUAUAAUAAUAAUAUAAUCAUUAUAUAA